AUGGAACAAAUUUUUUGCAGCUUUUGUUAUGCACGCAAUAAUCGAGUUGAAUCAAUUUUUGAAGAGAGAUGGGCUGCAUUGUUGCAGGAAUAUCCUGAUACCACUAGUUAUUUGCAACGUUAUCUUUAUCCAUGUAGAGAGGCUUGGCUUGAGUAUACAAUUGAGAGGUUAUUAGCAAAAGAGAGCAAAUUUAUAAAGUUAAAUGAAACUAUUGGUAAGCUUCCUGUGAGUCAAGAUGAAGAUUAUCAUAAUCAUUACUUUAAAGAAGUUGACAUAUCAUAUCAAUAUUUCUUAACACUGGCAAUUCUUAAACUCCAACGACAUGAAAUGAAUCACAGCAUGCAUUAUCAAUAUCAUCUAUCUAAUUUGGAAUAUGAACUUAAGCAACAGGUAACUGUUGAAUCACCAAGAGGCAU